CAGAGGUCUAAUACAAAGACACACUCUUUCCCUCGCUCCCUUUCUUCUUCUUCUGUCCUCCUCCUCCCCCCCUUGUCCUCUUAUUAGAUUAGACAUCCCUCACUAUGUCGGACAACACUGAGCCUCGCACCAGCGGCGGCGGCGGCGGCGUCGCCAAAACCGCCGGCGGCAACAAUGCCUUCCACAACUUCCACAACGACUUCGCCCACAUCGCCGACCCCAACGAGCGCCGCCGUCUGGCCCUCGCCGAGAUCGACAAGGCGCCCUUUGGCUGGUACCACGUCCGCGCCUGCGUGGUCGCCGGUGUUGGCUUCUUCACCGACUCCUACGACAUCUUCUGCGUGUCCAUGUUGACCAUCAUGCUCGGCAUCGUCUACUACCCCGGCGUCGGCGUCAUGCCCACCACCUCGGAUUCCGCCGUCAAGCUGUCCACCUCGGCCGGUACCGUCAUUGGCCAGCUGGGCUUCGGUAUGCUGGCUGAUAUCGUCGGCCGAAAGCGCAUGUACGGCAUGGAGCUGCUUGUCAUCAUCUUCGCCACCCUCGCCCAGUCACUCACCAGCAACUCGCCCGCCUGCAACAUUAUCGGUGUCAUCAUCUUCUGGCGUGUGAUUAUGGGCAUCGGUAUUGGUGGAGAUUACCCUCUGUCUUCCAUCAUCACCUCUGAGUUCGCUACCACCAAGUGGCGUGGCGCCAUGAUGGGUGCCGUCUUCGCUAUGCAGGGCAUUGGCCAGCUCGUCGCUGCUCUCGUCAUGAUGUUCCUCACUCUCGGCUUCAAGUCUGAGCUCGAGGGCGCCGCCGAUGUAAGCAAGUGCACUGGAACCUGCCAGGUUGCCGUCGACAAGAUGUGGCGCACCCUCAUCGGCUUCGGCGCCGUUCCCGCCUGCAUUGCCCUGUACUACCGUCUCACCAUCCCCGAGACCCCCCGUUACACCUUCGACGUCGCCCGCGAUGUCGAAAAGGCCGACGACGACGCCAAGGCCUACAUCGCCGGCAAGGCCAGCGGCAACACCGACGAGGUCACCCGCGCCGAGGCCCAGCGGGCUGCCCAGUCCACCCUCGAGGUCCCCAAGGCCAGCUGGGGUGAUUUCUGCCGCCACUACGCUAAGCUCAAGAACUUCAAGCUCCUCCUCGGAACUGCUGGUUCAUGGUUCGCCCUCGAUGUGGCCUUUUACGGUCUCUCUUUGAACAACGGCACCAUUCUCAAGGUCAUUGGCUACUCUACCAAGGAUGCCACCAACGUCUACCAGUACCUCCACAACACUGCCGUCGGUAACAUCAUCAUCGUCCUUGCUGGUGCCGUUCCCGGAUACUGGGUUUCCGUCGCUACCAUCGAUACCAUCGGCCGCAAGACUAUCCAGCUUGGUGGUUUCUGCAUCCUGACCAUUCUCUUCAUCGUCAUGGGUUUCGCGUACAAGAAGCUUUCCUCCAACGGCCUCCUUGCCAUUUACGUCCUUGCCCAGUUCUUCUUCAACUUCGGCCCCAACACCACCACCUUCAUUGUUCCCGGUGAGGUCUUCCCCACCCGAUACCGUUCCACCUCCCACGGUAUCUCUGCCGCCUCUGGCAAGAUCGGCUCCAUCAUCGGCCAGGGUGCCAUCGCUACUCUCCGCACUCGCGGCGCCACCAAGGACAACGCCGCUCCCUGGAUGAACCACGUUCUCGAGAUCUACGCUCUUUUCAUGCUUCUCGGUUGCUUCACCACCCUGCUCAUCCCCGAGACUGCCCGCAAGACCCUCGAGGAGCUCAGCGGCGAGGACGACUACGCCACCAACUCUACCCAGUCGGUCGUUACCGACGAGGAGCGAGUCGCUGACAAGACCGCUUAAGGUGGGACAGUAAGGAUUCCGCAUGGGGCGCCGCUCUGAUGCCUCGACAACUUAAACUCAAAUUAUAAAGGGGAGAAUCCAUUCUGUUACAUUUUGUCUUGCUUCACACCAUACCCAUAUCAGAAUGCAAGUUCUUUUUAUACUAUACAAUACAUAAUAAUUACGUCGUGUCCCGUA